AUGUUCAAGGUGCGCGAUGGGAAGAUUAUCGAUGCGGCCAACGUUUUCUACACAGAACGUAGAAGUGCUGACAUUCAAGUGAACUGCGAAGGACUUAUUCUUUCUCCAGGAUUCAUUGACAUUCAAAUCAACGACGAGGAAUAUGAAUGUGGAGUGGCUACAGUUUCACGGUGUCUCUUGAGUCAUGGCGUGACUUCUUACCUUCCAACGGUUAUUACCAGUCCACCAGAGGUUUAUGCUCGGGUUCUGCCCCUACUUGCUCGUCGAGAUGGUAGUUCAGAAGGGGCUGGUGUACUCGGUGUACAUAUCGAGGGUCCUUUUAUUUCUCUUGAAAAGAAAGGGUGUCAUCCAAAGGAAUUCGUGAGAACAUUUGAUGACGACCCAAUUGCUUCAAUACGGAAGGUUUUCGGCAGCGUUGAUAAUGCUGCUAUGGUUACGUUAGCGCCGGAACUGAAAGGCAGUGACGAAGCUAUAAGAUACCUCACUGAUAAGGGAAUAGUUGUCUCGCUUGGACACUCAUCCGCCAAAUUAAAAGAUGCAGAGAAUGGUGUGAAAAGUGGUGCACGUUGCAUAACUCAUCUCUUUAAUGCAAUGCAUGCGUAUCAUCAUCGCGAUCCCUGUCUUAUUGGCUUGCUUGCAUCAAAGAAAUUGAGUGAUCGGGAAAUAUAUUAUGGUAUUAUUUCUGAUGGUAUCCAUACUCAUGACUCUGCCCUCAGGAUUGCUUAUAGAACGAAUCCUGAAGGAAUGAUUCUUGUUACGGAUGCCAUAGCAGCAUUGGGAAUGGGUGAAGGACGCCAUAAAUUGGGAGAUGUCAUUGUAAACGUGGUUGGUCUCAGAGCGGUGGCGGAUGGAACGAAUACCACUGCUGGCAGUGUUGCUUCAAUGCCCCAGUGUAUCAAACACCUUAUCAAAGCAGCUGGAUGCCCAUUACAAGAAGCCCUCAUAUGUGCGACUGAGAAGCCAGCCACUCUUCUUGGCAUUCGGGACAGAAAGGGUGUCAUCGCUGUUGGUGCGGAUGCUGACAUGGUGUUAAUAUCGGAUGAUGCUGACGUACAGGCCACAUAUGUGGCUGGAAAACUUGUAUAUGCAAAUAACACAGAAAUUUUGUAA